AUGGAUGGUGUCAGGGCAAUGAGUGAAGGUAUCAGCCCAGGCUUUAGCUUACCUGUCUUGGUUCAAGUACGAGACCUGCUUAGCGGCACGCAGAAGGUGUCUGACCCUGGUCGGAGAAUGGAAGGACUAGGGAAGGAUAAGGGAAGACCCAAAGACAGGGCAAGGGCACCGACAGUCGCGGUAACCGGGUCCGGGGGAGGAAGGAGAAGAUCUGCGAGCGUGGCUGCAAGCGGAGGAGGAGCGAUUGCAGUGUACAGUAGCGCAAGUGUUGAAUUGAACCGAAAUGUGACGCAACAGAGUUCUAACCUCUCGAGCCCAUCGGCUGGUGCCUUUUGGACUCACCUGUGGAGCGUGAGAAACAAAGACAAGGCAAGGCGAAGCCAAGAACCAGAAGACAACCUUGACAAGCAGAAACAGAGGCGGGAACCAAGCCUGGCGCCGGCAGUCGAAUUACUCGAAUAG